GGCACAAUUUAAUUGAGUUUAUUUAAAUAAUAUAAUAAUAUUUUUAAGCCAUAUUGUAUCUUUUUCAGGAUUACAGUAAUUGAGGGAACUAUGGGAAAGUUCUCCUUCCCAAGGCUCAUCAUAAGAAUGCCAUGGGCAAAUCGGACUGCACGGGACGAUUUCUGCACAGGAACUAACGAACUCCACAGGCUCAGACCAAACCACCCUCACAACUCCUCACAACUCCCCAGCCAUACUGUGUGUAGGCAGGGCAAGGAGAACACCGAUUCAACCCCGAAGAAGAGGAAAAAGAAGAGGCACAAUGAGAAGGGGACACAGGUUGAACUAGGCAUGCGGGAGGAUAUCCAUGACCUUGAGCUCGCCCAUUGGAGAUUGGCUAAAGAGACAUGGAGAACUGAGCGAGGAAACAUAAGGGAGAUGAAGGCGCUGUAUGGAGAAAUAUUUAGGCUGCACAAGUUGUUGGAGGAGAUUGGGGUAGAUAAAGGGGUGAUCAAGCAGCGCUCCACCUCCUCCAUUCUUUGUCCCGUCUCCCCGACACUGCCAGCUCUCCCCAGGUACAAUCUCCACAGGUACCUCACCAAAAGCCAAUCGGAGUGUGACCAGCAUGCCGCCGCCACCCAGAAGAACCCGGCUAAGAAACACUCAAUCUUUCCCCCUCUGGUCACACAGAGCUGCACCUCCCCUGACAAACGGCCUCAUUCUCCGUCCCAAGACGUCGCACCCACACGCUUCACACAGAUUUUCUGUCCCAUUCCACCUCCUGGCUCCUGGCCCUCCUGCCCAGCUGAGGCAGACCCAUCCGCAUGUCCACCCCAGGUCCCCAUUGACUGA